AUGAGCGCACCGGAGCCUUCAGUGCUUCAAGCGCUGCAGGGCUACACCCAACUAAGCGACAAGUGGCCAGGGCCUCGCGCUGUCAAGAUAUACGUAGCAUCUGUCUACAAUGACUUUCGAGAAGAAAGGCGGCAAAUUCUGGAGAUGGUGGGGCCAGAGUUGCAAUCAACAUACGAUGAUCGCUAUAUUGAGAUCGAAUUUGUGGAUAUGCACUACGGCACCGACGGGGGAGAUGAAACAAAUCCAGCACUCCACCGGUACUACCUUGACGAGAUUCGUUGCUGUAACCAAACAUCUAAAGCGGGAUAUUUUCUUUGCUUUCUGGGCGGCGACACAGCAUCUUACCAACCAAUGCUACCACUAUCUAUCCCAAGCGACAAGUUUGAACAACUCAUCAAGAAUGAUACUGCGCAAACGAAGCUCAUCCGGGGCCACUAUAGAUUGAGUGAUGAUGGGGCUUAUCAUCUAGAAGGUGACGAUACAUGGUUCAGUGACUUGCUCGAGAGGGAUGCGGAAAGAAACCGUCUUAAUGAACUUCAGAAAGUGUUCAACAGCUUAACUCUCGAAGCGUUGGAUAACGGUGCCGAUGUCGCUGAUUUAUUACGAAGUCCUGUUGAAUACCAGUGUGAAUUAGCAUUGGAACUAUUGAAUACCGGCAAUCAUCCAAAAGGAAUGAUUGUAGCCUACAGAGAUAUCAUAGAACCAGAGGCUUGCGACUCAAGGCUAUCUGCUUUAGCGUAUACUAGAUUAAAAGCAUUGAAGAAGAAACUAGAAGACGUGUUGCCUGAUACUCAUAUCGUUCAACUUGAAUCACAAUCAGCGGAGUCUUCAAGAACAGAUGCGCCGUCAGACAACGAUGAAAAACUAAGUCCAUUUAGGCAACAGGUGCAAACUGUGAUUUGUUCGCUGGUGGACGAUAGCCUCAGUACCGAACCCGAUCAGGGGAAGGGAAGAAAAAAGACUGUACAGGAAGUAUUUCUGGAGCACAUAACUCAUCUUAGGAUAUGUAUAGAACAUAAUCAUAUGUAUAAAGUAACUAUAAAACAAAUUGAAGAUAUCGCUAAGAAUAUAUUAAAUAAUGCUAAGGACAAUUAUGAAAAUAGAACUCGACAUCCACCAGUUUUAAUAUACGGUCCUGACGCUUCAGGAAAGAGUACUUUACUCACGGAUAUAUAUUUUAAGAGCGAAGAAAUCUUUGGUAAACCGGUACUGAGAGUAAUAAGGUUUUCCGCUUCCACUCCAAGAUCGGCCUACAAUUUAGAACUUUUAAGAGUUAUGUGCCAACAGAUAUCAAUUAUCUUGAACAUUCCCGAGGGCUACUUGCCAAAAGAUGCAAGUUUCGAUCCUUUGUAUAUAAAUAAUUGGUUCCAAAGUCUGCUGAGGAGAUGCGAGGAUAUGGAAAAUGAGAUAUUGUUGAUUUUUAUUGAUAAUGUUCAUAGAGUUAAUCCUUUAGAAUGUGAUAUUGUGACAGGGUUAUCAUGGUUACCCAUGUCCCUUCCAAGGAAUGUUUUCCUAGUGUGCACUAGUGCGGUAUCGCUCGAUCAACUGCAGUUGACUCCGGCUCAAAAGGAGAAAUUUAAAGUUCAAAACAGUUAUUAUCUAUUAGACGCUAUUGAGGAAACGCCGGAGAAUCAUAGCUAUGGAGACUAUAUUGAUGGUGCCUUCGAUAACUUAGAAGUCUUUUUCGGUUCUAAAGCCUUUAGUAAAUUAGCAAGUUACAUAACUUGUUCAGAAUUCGGCCUCACUGAACUUGAGCUGUUGGAACUAUUGAUGCCAACCAGUAAUAGCGAGGCCGUCAUAACUCUAAAAGAUGCCAACUUCAACUUUUCUACUUUAUGUGUCGCCAAAUAUAUGAUGAAGGGCUUGAUAAGCUGCAUGGUGGUGUCUGGGCGGAGCACGUGGCGGUGGCGUGCGGGAGCAGCGGGUGCACGUGCUAGGCGCCGCUAUGUGCGCGUGCAGAGCGCGCUGCGUGACGCGCACUCCGACCUCGCCGCGCUGCACUUCGCCAGCUUUCUGCAAGAUGGCGACGAUACCGACAACAGCGAGACGCAAGAACCCGGGUGCGUGGAUGAUGACGAUGCUCUGCUGGACUCGACUCCAUUCCAUUCGGGGAGUAGAACUGCCGCUGCGUUCACACAGCGCCACGUGGAAGAAUCCUGGCUUCAUCUAUUACUGGCUGGUGACUUUUCAAAGCUGAAAGACUUAACUGUCUGCAACUUUGAUUUCCUCCUUGCUGCUGUCCAAACUGUAACAAUAUCGUAUCUCCGAUGCAUUUUGGAGCAUGUGAGAUGUUACAUCUUAGAUCGUGAUGUGGAACUGGUGUAUGGCGCUGUGAGGAAAGCCAGCGAUAUACUAACAAGGGAUCCCAUGCAACUAGGUGCUCAGAUAAUAGCUUGGCUACGACCUGCUGUGGCGCGGCGUGGUGUACUCGCCACGUUGGUCACAUCCGCGAUGGCCUGGUGUGACGGCUACGACAAACCACUACUCGUUCCUCUUAAUGGAUGGCUUCAACCACCGAUAGCAUCAACGGUUCGCGUAGUAUCAGUGGGUGGAUCCACUCCAGGAGCUGGCGCACGAUUGCUGCAACUUGCACCUUCCGGUCAACACCUCGUGUUGGCGCCAUCUGCCGGUGACCCACAGCUGUGGCAUGUUAUGUCCAAUUCAAGAGUACAUACUUUCAAAGGCCAUUCCGGUAGAAUACUGUGCAUGUGCGUGACCCGGGAGUCACAGUACCUCCUCACAGGAUCGGAAGACACAACUGUCAUUGUGUGGGACCUCCAUACUUUAGCUGUAAAAACUAAAAUAUUAGAGCAUAUAGCGCCUGUUUUAUGCGUGGCUGCAAUAGUCAAAAGAUCCUUAGUAAUCAGCGGAGGCGAGGACUCUGCUGUUAUUGUAACAUCUUUAGUGGAUGGUGUUUUGGUAACAAAAUUAGAUCAUCACCGCGGUCCAGUAACAGCUGUAAAAGUGAUUCAAGAUGGCGAAAUACUCGUUACUGGAUCACAAGACGGAACCGUCUGCACUUGGAAUGUGGAAAAUUUCACAUUGCUCAGCACGGUGACUGCUGGCGUUCCUAUACACGCUAUGGAGGUCACAGAUGAUAACGUAUUCCUCCUGACGCUACAAGGGGAGAACGAAUUACAUCUUAGGACUUUCAUCACUGGCACAUAUUUGCACGUUUUGAAGAGACAUAAAGCUAAGGUAAAAUGUUUCUGCGUGGCCCACGACUCAUCCCGGGCAGCAGUUGGUUGCGCUGACCAACGUAUCUACGUGUACAGUUUGCAUGAUGGACAACUUCUGCGUACGUUGGCAGCUGCUCACGAUCUCGCUGCGUUGGCUGUUGCUGACAGGGAUCACUUUCUAUUAGCUGCUGGCGGCAAUAGAGUGACUAUCUAUUCAUUUCACACGGAGGACAACUUGACAAACUUUAGGCCCACGAAACAAGUGAAGCGACGGCAAACGAAAUCUACAACGAACAUCACGCUACUACAGGCUGAACAAAGUGAAUUAAUACCAAUCAGCUGUUUGGAAGUGUCUCGAGAUGGGCAACUAGCUGCCAGUGGAUGCGCCCGGGGGCUAGUCCGAGUGUGGCAACUCUCAACCCAUAGACUACAGACCACCCUCAAUGGCCACUUGGGGCACAUAACAUGUGUUACCUUUUCGCCAAAUAACCUGCUAGUACUCAGUGGUUCAGAAGACCGAAAGGUAGUCGUGUGGCAGCUUGCUGAUAAUUCACCCACGUUAACUUAUAAGGGACAUUCGGCUGCACUGCAGUCCCUUUUGAUGAUGUCCGACGGGCGGCGUGCUAUGUCCGGCGACCGUGCCCGUAACGUACAUGUAUGGCUCGUAGACUCUGGCAUAGUCCUACAUUCCACCACUGGUCCUAGUGCCAGUCUCGACAUUACGCUAAACAUGAAAUACUCUGUACUAUCCGAUGGUGACAAUUCGGUACGCAUUUGGACCCUAAUCGGCGAUAGUGGAGAAGACAAACGCUCUGUCUCCCACGCUGAGAGAAUCACGUGUUUCGCCCUCACAGCUGACUCGCAACAUGUUGUCACCGGAUCUAUGGACAUGUCACUCAAGGUCUGGAAACUGGACGGUGGCAAGUUAUCACAGGUUCUCGUCGGUCAUUCAGACAUAGUGACAUGCGUUGCAGUCUCUAUCACGAAUAAGACUCAAGUGGUAUCGGGUUCGUGGGACUGCAACCUGAUAGUGUGGGACAUCAACACGGGGUCUGAUCUGCAUCUACUGUCUGGACACUUGGGGAAAGUCACGUGCGUUAAAGUGACAGGUGACGGCACUAUAGCUGUAUCAGGCGCGGAAGAUAAGACGCUCAUAAUCUGGGAGACCAAACGAGGCCUGGCGUUGACAUCGCUUGCAUUGCACGUGCCUAUACUGGGCUUCCAGAUUACAAGUGAUUGCGCUCGUAUUGUUGUACAUCUCUUGGACAGAGGUUGCCUGCCAAUUAUAUGCCUUCACAAUACCCCUGCUACAUACGUCAAGAUACCAACAUAUGCUGCACCUACGAAAGCUGCAGAUGAACUUCGUCCGUUGGCUCCAAAGAGACCAAUGAGGAGGCUCCUCAAGAAAGAAGUGUCAUUGGAUACAUACACGUGGCAGAAGAAAUAUGGUCACCUAACAUCUGCUGCCAUGAUGGCGCAGGUCGAUGAACGUUUGAAGAGAAGAUUCUCCGUAUCGGCUUCCAUGGAGGAAAUUUCAAAGAUACAAGAGGCGAAAAAUAAGGAUCUGGGGUCACAGGUAAGCUUGGGACCGGAGGAAGCGGCAAUAGCACAAUCACAGCACUUCGAUCAACUAGAAGCCUUGUGGAAUAAGAUAUCUCCACCGAGACGACGCUCCAACAAGUCAUUAUCAAAACAAAGCUCCCUAAUUGAGAGUAGGUUCGAUUCUUCAGAUGAAGAACACACACCAGUUGAAGAACAAGGUGAGUUCUUUAACAACAAUGCUCUUGUAUAUUUUUUAAAAUUAAUGUUAUACGUUAUUACCGAUUAUUUCUUUUUCGUUUACAGAACACAUGGUGGAAUGAAGAGAUGA